AUGGAACCAACAAAGAUUUUCGUUAGAGGAUUACCACUUGAUGCCACAGAAUCAUCCAUUCGCAAUAUCUUUGAGCCAUGCGGCCAAAUUAAGCUUGUUUAUCUUCCAAAAAUGGAACCACAUGAAACAGAGCAAACCGCACAUGUUGUUUUUACAGAUCACGAAGCAGCUAAAAAGGCAAUUCACGAGUUUAACUAUGCAUUAGUUGAUAACAAUAAAAUCAAAAUCACUUACGGAGAUGAAGAAACUCUUAAUUUCAUUCAGAGUGGCCAGAACAAGCUAAUUAUCGAAGGACUCGAUCAAUCAAUCUCAGAACAAGACAUAUUUUUCCACUUUAUGAAAUACGGAGAAGUUCUUUAUUGCGCUAUGGCUACAGCAAUUACAGGUAAAUACUUAGGCAUCUGCUUUGUCACUUACAGAAAUAAAUCAGAAGCUGAUGCUGCUAUAGAACACCUGAAUGGAGGUAUUCUAAACGAUAAAGAAAUACAUGUUCGUUAUGCCCCAGAAGGACUCAAAUAA